AAUGUUCGAGUGGACAGUUUGGUGACAACUGCUCCAACGCCUGCCCUGACACGUGUGCUGACCAAUUGUGUGACCAGACAACGGGAGAGUGUGUUUCCUGCGUCAGCAAUCGUAUGGGGCCCUUUUGUAGAGAAUGUUCGAACGGAUUGUUUGGUGACAACUGCUCCAACGCCUGCCCUGACACAUGUGCUGACGAACUGUGUGACCAGACAACGAGAGAAUGUGUUUCCUGCGGCAGAAAUCGUAUGGGGCCCUUUUGUAGAGACUGUCAGACAGGAUGGCACGGUGAGAACUGCACGGACCAAUGCUCCAACCUGUGUGCUGACGGACUGUGUGAUCAAAUGA